AUGCAGGCACGUUGGAAGUGGUGUUCCCAAUCUAGUUGUACAAGCAAGCAGAGGUGAACAUCAAUAACAAAAUCCUGUAGAAGAAAUAUGGUGUGGCUGUUUGGGUAAACUUUCCACAACUGGUAGUUUAUUGAUCUGUUUAUGACAUUCCUACCCCACCUUUCCUCCAAGCAGCUCAAGGUCCUUCUCCCCAUUUUAUCCUCACAACAACCCUGUGAGGCAGGCUGGCUGAGAGGGAGUCAGACUGGGCCAAGGUAACCCUGUGAGCCUCGUGGGGAUUUGAACCCUGGUCUCCCGGGUCCUAGUCCAGUGCUCUAACCACUCCACCACACGGGCUCUCCUAGAACCUGGGCAUGGUGGCUGUGGGUUCUAGUCUAGCAAUGGUGGUUGCCCAGCAGCAGAAUGUGCAACCGUUUGAACUGAGGUUCUCUGAUCCUCAGCAUGUACAGGUGUACAUAGAUUUGUGGUGCUUACCCUUUGCUAUUUUUGAGAAAAAUACGGCUUCCAAUGAACUCCUGGCAGUAAGUGAACAUGGCCAUUUCCAGUGGACUUAGCUCCUGGGGUCUAGUCUAGGUGUGCUGGGAGUGGCACGGGCAUUGGGAGAUGAAGGCGUGUGGCCCUGACCAUGGCAUAGAGCAGGGGGACCUCACACCCAGAGGCUGAAUGUGGCCCUCCAGAGAUAUCUAGCUGGUCCUUGGGAUGGUCCUGUGGCCACCUCCCUUCCCAUUCCACCAGGGAACCCCUUCUCUGGCCCUGCCCUGCAGAUAUUUUGCCUGGGUGUGCCCUUGAGCGGUGAUGAUGCCUCUUGCUUCCUGCAUGGGGGAUGGAGAGGGGUGUGAGGCGGUGCCUUAGAAAAUAUGAGAGAACAAGGUGUGUCUGAGGAUGUGCUCAGCCCAGGAAUUUGUUUUCAGGACAAGAGCUGAAAUUUGUGUAAAAUUGUUUUACACACCAAGCUGUUCCAUUUUAUUAAAUUUUCAAAAGUUUAGAAUAUAUAGUUCAAUACAUAAAUUUGUCUUUUCCUGACUUCCCAUCCCAUUUUCUAUGGUGUUUGAAUGUCUCCUCCUUUGCUGCACAGUACCUUCUAUUUCUUAUAUCAGCACUUCAGUGCUAUAUAUAUUCUCUAAUUCCUUCUGUUGCUCAUAUUUUAAAUCCUGCUCUCGAGUUCAUUAAGCUAUAAUAUUUCCCACAAUAGUCCACAAAGGGCACAAAACAAGCAGCCCUCAGCUUUUGUGCCUGGGGUCUGGGUUGUGGGGCCAGUGGGUCCUUGUGCACUGAGUACCGGCAUCUCUUUUCCUAGAAAAGGAGCACUGAUGACAAUGCUAUUAAUUUGUGGUUUAUAUGAUUUGGUGGUUCUUGAAUACUAUUUCCCCCCUGUUUAUUUUUAUUCCUUUGUUCCCAAGCUGUGGGAUGAAAAUACUCAAUUCAGAGUGGGCAAUGAAUAUUGUAAAAAAUGAACAGUUUGUUAUAAAACCAUUAAAAUGAUACACUAAGCAAAAACCAGGUGACAUUCAAGACCUUUGUUAGAAACCCAGAAGCUGCUGGUCAUCCUAAACCUUUUGUUAAAGUUCAAUUCCUCUCUCUCCUCAGUAUCCCAGCACCACUGGAUGUUGCUGAGCCCGUUGGCAUUUUGCUGGAGGGCUUCAGCCAUGAAGAACUCCAGGUCCAGCUGGCUUCUGUCCUAGCUGGCCUGAAGAGCUGGAAAAAAUGGGUCCUGAUCCCCACCGUCUGUACCAAUGACCUUCCUGCGAACUUUGCCAUUGCCUUGGUUACAAGCAGAGGCCAGGGAAACGCUACAGCUGCUUCUCAGCACUAUGGAUGAACCCGCUGAGAUGGCCACCUUGGACCUCCUUUUGUGCCCCGACACCUUGGACCAGGGAUUAUGUGCCCUGGUGAGGUAAGAGGAAGAGCACAGUGAUCUUCAAACAUUAUGGCAAACAAGCAGAACUCAUUCAUUGCAUGGUGUGAGAAUGUGCUUCUCUUUGCUCUGCUUUCUGGGGUGCCUUUCCCUUUGCUCAUAAGAUCCUGUUUGUUACACAUUUCAGGGGCUUCAGCAGUGGGUGCCAGUGAGGGAUUCCUGGAUUGGCGGCAUACAUCAUUUCAGCUCUGAAGAAUAAGCGCUUUGCCGGGGUGCCAGAAGUCACUGCAGCCAUCUUUCUGGAGGUGAAGGGAACAGGCGUUGAAGGAAGAGUGCGGACAAGUGGGUAGAGCAAAGAGCCCCCUUCUCUGUAUCUGCCUAAUGUGGGCUGCGGAGUCUUUCUCCUGUGUCUUUCCCAGAGGGAAAUGCCCUCCCAGGAGCAGAAGAAGGUCUCCUAGGGUCCUCAGCAGCUGCUUGGAGCGGCUGAUCUUGCUGAGCCUAGCCAUAGCUUCUGCAUUCCUUGAUUUGAUUCAGAAAAUAGGCAGAAAAAUAAUCUCUGGGGUGUUUCAGGGCAUCACCUUUAGAAAUCAAUUCAGCUGCCACGGUUUCUUCCAAGGAACCUCAGGAAUUGUAAUUUGGUGGAAGUAUUGAGAAUAUUCUCAUCUACAUAAAGCAAUCCAAUAACAUUAUUUUCUGGGUGGUUUAAAGGACUACUGUUCCCAAGGUUCCCCAUUUAAAAGGUUCUCCAUUCUCCUGAUGCAGAUAACAGGCACCCAUCCCAGUUUAGAUUGGGAGCGAAGAAUUAAAGGCCCCCUCCUUUCCUCACCAGGUCCUCCUGGUGUCAUAGCUCCUUUUUCCCCCUAAGGGUUGUCUCCACCGUUAGUCAUCUUCAGAGUAGACCCAUAGGAAUCAAUGUACAUGACUCCUCUAGUUCUACUCAUUUCAGUGGCUCUAAUCAGAGCAGAACUUAGUUGCGUAGAACUCUAAAGUGUAUAGUAAAACUACAGGUGGUGGAUAAAGCGAAAACCUGUAUUAACCGCCGUCUGAAAAGUGCUUUGUGGGGGCAAGGGAAGUGCCUAUAACACUCUCCUCCCCGGUCUCCUCACUGGUAAGCGUCUUUCUCUUUGGGGUUCUUUAGCUGCUCAAGAACCGCCUGGGCAUCCAGCCCUGCAAGGAAACCCUGGUGCAGUUCCUCCGUUGGCUGGAGCACAGGAACAAGGAAGUGCAGAAGCUCAGCCUGCGAGGAUUAGCUCUGCUGCUGGAAGCGACUCCCAGAAGGAAGGAUGGAGGGAGCAAUCUAAGGUUGUUUAAAGCAAACCUUCUAAAUUUGCUCUUCCAGAACCAAGAGAUGAACCGAAAUGCAGCUAUUCUCCAAAAUUGCAUGCCUCCAAAUUUUGUGAUUCAGUUCCUUCAUGCAAAAAAUGUCCUCAGAAAUGCUGAUCAGAAGGAAGUGAACACAAAUGCACUUGAGACACACAUUCAAACAACUAAACCUAAAAAUAAUAAUGAACAAAUAUAGAAAAAUGAAAAAAAAUACAAAUGCAAAAAAUAUGUAUCAAAGUAAUAUACAGAAAUUUAUGCAAGACGAAUAAUAAACAAUAUGUAUAUACCAUAUUUCAGUUCUUCUUUUCUUCCAAUUGACUUACUUCAUCCUCAGCACAGUUCUAUUUUCAUUUUUGGUUAACUUAUUUAACCGUAUCUUCUUUUGCAGAAGUUAAUCAAAACAAGUCCAAGUAUUAAUUUGAGGGCACUGCUUUUUAAGGUAUUCUCUAUAUGUCUAUGUAAUACUGACAAUGGAAGAAGACAUGUUCCAUUGUUUCCUGCUGCCCAGAGCCACAUGGACAUUUCCUCUCCUUGUAUGGUGUCUUCCUAUAUCAGCCUUCCUGAAUAGCUGAGGGGAGGGCCUGACAAUGGGCCAGAGUAAAAGCCCUUUGCUGUUUGGGGAUUUCAAGGUUGGAUAUGUAUAGCAUUUGGGAGGUGAGGUAUCUUCUGGUUUCAUUGAUUAGAAAUUUUGGGGACCUGGCUAGAUCUGCCGGACAAUGUGUGUCUUCCACACGCUGUUUAAUUUAUUUAUUUUUGCUUGCUCAUACCCCAUGUCAAGUAGAAUCUGUGGGCUAAAGCCUACAGUAGUUAUUAUAUUUUUCACUGCAUGUUGAACGUAGUGGCUGUGGGCUUUUCUGCUUCCUGAUGAGCAAAGGGCUGCACCCAGAUAUUUGAAGCAGGUGAUCUGCUCGAUCUUGUGACCAUCGAUGUACCAUGUACGUAGUUUGGGCCUCUUGGCAAAAACCAUGAUUUUGGUUUUCUGGUAAUUGAGUUCCAAUUGGCUCUCCUUACAAUAUGCUGCCAGUGUUUUCAUGGCUCUUUUAAGGCCUGUCAGUGAUCUUGAGAGGGUAGCUGCAUCAUCUGCGUAAAGCAGCACCAGAAUAUGCUUUCCUGUGAGUAUUGGAGGGUGAGAAUUUGUAUUAUGAAGGUAGGAAUGUUAGGGUGUCGUCCUACUCUUGAGUAGGACCCUGGCAGAGACACAUGCCCGACUGGCAUGUUCUCUCCCUCCUGGUCAAUCGUUCGGGAGCUUCAAAAGCUUUCUUUUGAAAGCGGUAUCAGCGACUGAUACCGACAGACAUCAGCACACUUAGAGAUCCGCAGAGUUUGCGCAGUCCGUGUAACAGAACUCAGUAGCUCAGCAUUUGGCUAAUCUACAUUUAUUUACAUAUACAGUGGUACCUCAGGUUACAGACGCUUCAGGUUAUAGACUCCGCUAACCCAGAAAUAGUACCUCGGGUUAAGAACUUUGCUUCAGGAUGAGAACAGAAAUUGUGCUCCAGUGGCGCGGCAGCAGCAGGAGGCCCCAUUAGCUAAAGUGGUGCUUCAGGUUAAGAACAGUUUCAGGUUAAGUACGCACCUCCUGAACGAAUUAAGUUCUUAACCCGAGGUACCACUGUAAAACACUCGGAGCAUUCUGACUUAGCUCCUUCCUCUUUCUCAUCAGGCAGUAAAGAGAGAGAACAAAGGACAAUAGUCCCACAUCACGGUACACAGCAACACAAACAUCCUGUCUCCGUCACUUCCCACUUUGUGGAAUGAAAACAUACACCGUCAUGUGACAGACAACAACCCCAUGACUGCAAGCACCUGGAAUGAAUCUUCAGCAAGGAAAUCACGUCAUUUAUAUAAAAAUUGAGGGAAGGAGCCAACCCAUGAUGACGCCUGGGCUGAGGAUGUUGACCCCAAGAGCCCAAAGAGAGCCCCCUGCCUCCCAAUCCCCAGGAGAGUGAAGGAGAAGAGACCAACAGCGCAAGACGCAUGUGGGUGUUUUGCUAUGGAACUCUGCAUGCUCUCCCUGGCUAG